GUUGUUCUCGUGAGUCCUCCCUCCGCGCCCCCGCUGCGCGGAUGGUUCCGCCCAGCGCCUGGGGCGGGCCGCUGCGCUAUGCCGCGGUACUGCGCUGUGUCCACCUGCAAGAACCGGGGAGGGCAGAGCGCCAGGGAUCGAAGCAAACUCAGCUUCUACCCGUUUCCACUUCAUGAUAAAGAGAGACUUGAGAAAUGGUUGCGGAAUAUGAAACGAGAUGCGUGGACUCCAAGUAAGCACCAGCUUCUGUGCAGUGAUCAUUUCACCCCCGAUUCCCUUGAUGUGCGAUGGGGUAUACGAUACUUGAAGCAUACUGCUGUACCAACAAUUUUCUCUUCCCCAGAAGAUGAGGAAAAAGAUUCUUCUCAGAGAAGCCCACAGGACAGAAAGAAAGAAGACCCAGAAGAAACAAAUAAAAAUGUAGUGUCAGAGAAAGCAUCUGUACCACUUAAACCUUGUACACCAAAGAAAAAUCCUGUACUUGCAGAAAAUGUAGGUGAAAAAGCAGAAGCAGUUUGUUCAACUACAUUGAGUAAACCUUUACAAAUUCAAAAACUGCAACUUCAAAAUGGAGAAGACUUUCAGACAGACAGUGUUGUUCUUGAUAGUUCAUCUGUGCGUCAUAUAUGUCAACCUGACCCUAUUCUAAUGGCAGCAGCAGUUCAGAGCAUGGAAGCUACCAGUGUUCAUAUUUCUGUAGAGGAUCCAGCAGGUUGCGCAGCUACAGUCUUGCAAUUUACAGACCCUGACUACUCGAAUUCUUCUCUGAAAAAUGCUUUAGAUUCAAUUACUGGCUAUGCAAUUGAAAAUCCUAACUCUCAUAUUGUAGGAUGCUCUGUUGAAGUACAGCCAACAAGUGAAAGCACAGUUUUACUGAGUACAGUGACACAAACUAUUGAACAGUUCAGUGGAAGCGAAGAAUCGGUCAUUGCGAUUAUUGUGCCAGCUGAGAGCUCAGAAGAGCCUGAAAUGGUGAAUAGUUCUUUUCUGCCUAUUAAGCCAGAGUUACUUGACAUAGAGGAGACAGAAAAAGAUACAUCUGUGUAUAUGAAUGAAUAUGGUGGAAAUGAAGUAUUGCAAAAUGAGCAUUCGUACUGCAAACAGGACAUAGACAGAGAUCUCCUUUGGCAAAAAAUUUCAAAGCUCCACUCUAAGAUAACCCAACUUGAAAUGCAGGAGGUAGAAACUUUGGGGAGACUGAGGUCCUUGGAAGCUCUUGUUGGACAACUGAAGCAAGAAAACCUGCUUUCGGAAGGAAAGCUGGGGAUUGUAAAAAACUGCUUUACAACACUUGAAGUGACGGUGUUACAGUAAAGGCUUUCAAUGAUUGUUCUGAAGUAUCUUUUUAGCCUCUUUGGCCUUUUGGAUAAAUUUAAAGUUUUUUUUUUUUCAUUCAUGGUAUUUUAAGCAUCUAAUGCAAAUUGUAUGAAUAGCAAAUGUUACAUCAGCCACUGUCAAAACUGCUUAAUAGAAUAUUGCCUGUAAAACAUACCUUGCAAGUAAGCUUUAAAAAAGUAUUAAAACUGUUAAAGUUUUAUUAAGAAAUAUAUUAAUCAAAUAAAGAUAACUUAAACCUUU